AUGGCGGAUCAAGAUGAGAUCCGUGGUAAUUCGGUCUAUCAGGUUGAACAGCCUGUCAUCGAAACGCCCUCACCGGCUGAGAAGCCCGUUGCUGCAAAAGAAUGGAAGAAGUCAGGUUUGAUUGCCAAAAUCCGGAGAAUGCUGAUCCAAGAUGCUAGGGAAGAAAUGCCCGCGUACAAAGAUAUCGAAAUUCACACCUGGGAUGGGCCCGAUGACCCUGAGAAUCCCUUCAAUUGGAGCCUCAAAUAUAAAUGGCUGCUAAUGAUCACCGUAUGCUUCAUAUCCAUCCUGACCGGUCUGCCUGCAGGAACAUACGGCUCUGGCAACGACUGGAUGGAGAAAGAAUUCAACGUCCAGAACUCUCCCUUCCCAAACCUAUACUGGGCCACCACUUCCUGGAACAUGGGUGCUGCCUUCUGA